AUGGGAGCUUCUUUCGGACCCCCAGACACUGUUGUUGAAAUGGGAAAAUUUGUUCACGACUGCGAAAACGAGAUGUUCUGCGAAUCGAUAAACACCAAGAUUCCCUACUUCAAUGCGCCAAUCUACCUGGAGAACAAGACGCCCAUUGGAAAAGUUGACGAGAUCAUGGGCCCGCUGAACCAGGUCUACUUCACCAUCAAGCCGCAAGAGGGCAUACAAGCAAAGUCAUUCAAGGCUGGCGACAAGUUCUACAUUGGAGGCGACAAGCUGCUCCCUCUUGACAGGUAA